AUGGCUUCUGCAACUGUUAGUGCCGUGACUGGUGCCGCGACGGUCUCGACACAACUGGCGCCAUUCUCUGGUACAGAAGGAACCUACAUGCUGCCUCACCAUGCCCAGGAGAUUGAAAGAUUACAUCGCCAACACCUCUUCAUAAACACUACCACGGGAGGUCAAUUGCUUGUAGUACCAUCUAUCCACGAAAAGAAGUCUUUGCGCGUACUGGACUCGGGUGCUGCAGAUGGUUUCUGGCUUCGCGAUCUGCCCCGCCAGCUCCCAUCAAGCGAUCUGGAGCUCUAUGGAGUCGACAUUGGAUCAGAUCUCUUCCCUACACAAGAUAAGAAUGCAUCCCACAAGGUAGAGCUUCGGAGCCACGAUGUAAGAACUCCCUUUCCACAUUCGUGGGACUGGUCCUCGAAGUUCGACGUCAUCAAUCAGAGGCUUCUUAUCUGGGGCAUCAAAUCUGCCGAGUGGAACCGUGUCAUCUCAAAUCUCGUUUCAUCUCUCAAGCCCGGCGGCUAUAUACAGCUCGUCGAGGCUGAGUGGAUCGACCCUGACAACCUUGCAGACGAGAAGACCAGACCUCAGCUCAGGAAGCAGGCUGCUCUGCAAGAGUGGUCUACCGCCAGCUUUGGCAUGGACAUUCACAUUGCAUACAAGCUCGAGGGGCUUCUACGGGACGCUGGCUUGGAGGAUGUCCACAAGAUUCAGUUUGAUCACGGCUAUGGUGCCCUCGCCAAAUCAAAGGACCAGAGAAAUGUGUCAGCCGAGUUAUGGGUCGAGUGCUUCCGAACUCUGGAUGAGAAGAUUCCAGAAGGCGGAAUUCCUGGGGUUGCAGCGAAUUCGAAAGAGUUCCAUGAGUUCCUUGAUGCUUUAGAGAUUGAGAUCAAGACGUAUGGCUACCAACCCAAGCUCAACUAUGUCUAUGGACGAAGGCCAUUGAAUUGA